AUGGCACUGAGGAGUCCUUAUUCUAAGAAAGUGAAUUUGAACACUCACAAUAAACAAAGGUACCAGAACUGGAGCUUCCUAAAGGACUAUGACCAAUUGGGUAGGAAAAAGGAGCAGAAGCCACUGCCGGAAUAUGUCCCUGUGUUCUCAGACAUUGUUCCCAACUCCACCAACCAAGUGGUUGGCAGUCGAAUGAAUACUGAGCUUGGUAAGACCUUGGCAAACAUGGAUUACUUCUUCAGCGGCAGUAGACGAAAGCAGAAACUUGAAGAUGAGCUGUUGCCUUCCUAGUGUGUAAGUGAAAAUACCGGUAACAGCAAGUUCUAG